AUGGAAACAUUAGAGUGUGUUGGAUAUUCAUUAAUUGAAAUACUCGGAUUUCUGUUUCUGAAUUUGUCGGUUUUUUACAGGAGUUGCGUAAAAUGCAAGGUGAAAGUAUGCAAUGAUCAAUUUAAAUAA